GUGCGGGGCUUGCCAAGCCCGCAGGGCCUGCCCGUUUCCGAUGGCGGUGGCGGCGCCGAUGGACUCGGUGCGGCUGUCGCCAUCACUGAAGGACCGGGUGACCUUUGAGGACGUGGCCGUGUACUUCUCUCGGGAUGACUGGAGGCUCCUUGAUGAGGCUCAAAGGCACCUGUACCGUGAUGUGAUGCUGGAGAACUUUGCGCUGGUGGCCUCGCUGGGACUUGGAUCUUCCAAAUCCUGUGUGGUAGCCCACCUGGAGCGGAGUAAAGAGCCCUGGGUGCCUGACAGGGUGGAUGUGUCUCCAGCUACCGGAGAGGGCCAGAGAGAUCCUAGCCCUGGUUGCUGGCCAAGAGCAGAGGAAGCCGCCCCUCAACAGCGUGUUUCUGUAGAAGGAGUGGUUCAGUUUGGGACCCCUGAGGCAGAUCCUUUCACCCAGAAGGUCAAUACCUGUGACAAGUGUGGCCCAGUUUUGAAAGACAUUUUGUAUCUGGCUGAGCACCGGGGAACAAACCAUGGGCAGAAACCGUACAUGUGUGAGGGAUGUGGGAGAGGCUUUUGGAUCAGUGUGAACCUUCAGCUCCAUAAGGAGCACAGUGCCGAGAAGCCCUUCGUGUGCAGGGAGGGUGAGAAGGCCAUCCUGGACUGCCAUGACCUCCUCCACCAUCAGGCCAUCCAUAGCAAGGGGAAGCUAUGCAGGAGCACUGAGCAUGAAGCAGCCUUCCUACCCAGCUCCAAUCACGGGCAGCAGCAGGGAGUCCACACCACACAGAAGCCCUUCAAGUGCAGCGACUGCACUAAAACCUUCCUGAAGGCCUUUGCACUCCUUGACCACCUGAUUACUCACUCUGAAGAGAGAAACUUCAGAUGCCCCACAGGUGGAAAUGCCCCCAAGGAGAACUCAAGCCAUGUUAAUCACCAAAAAUUUUAUCCUGGAGAAACAUCUCAUGUGUGUAAGGAAUGUGGGAAGGCCUUCAGCCACCUGUUUAAACUGAGGACACAUCAGAAAGCUCACACUGGAAAAAUGCAUCACAAGUGUACCGAGUGUGGGAAAGCCUUCACCCGCAGACAUUCACUCAUUCAGCACCAGAGAGUCCACACUGGAGAAAGGCCUUAUGAGUGUGGCCAGUGCGGGAAAGCCUUCACUCGCAGUUUCCAUGUUGUUCGGCACCAGAAAGUUCACAACACAGAAAGACCUUAUGAGUGUAGACAGUGUCGGCGAGUCUUUAGUUGUAUCUCCAACUUUGUUGAGCACCAGAAAAUACACACGGGAGAAAGGCCUUUUGAGUGCAGUGAAUGUGGGAAAGCCUUCAUUAACAGCUCCCAUCUUGUUCGGCACCAGAAAGUUCACAACACAGAAAGGCCUUUUGAGUGCAGUGAAUGCGGGAAAGCCUUCCGGCAAACCUCCAAGCUUGUUCUGCAUCAGAGGAGUCACACUGGAGAAAGACCUUAUAAGUGCAACCAAUGUGGGAAAGCCUUCAGUUGCCUCUCCAACCUUGUUCCACACCAGCGAAUUCAUACUGGAGAAAAGCCUUAUGAAUGCUCAGAAUGUGGGAAAGCCUUCAGUCAAAGCUCUGCCCUCAUUCAGCACCAGAAGGUUCAUACUAGAGAAAGGCCUUAUGAGUGCAGUGAAUGCGGGAAAGCCUUCAGCUAUAGCUCUAACCUUGUUAAGCACAGGAAAGUUCACACUGGAAAAAGACCUUAUGAGUGCAGCCAGUGUGGGAAAGCGUUCAGUGAAAGCUCCAUCCUCAGUCAGCACCAGAGAGUUCACACUGGAGAAAAGCCUUAUGAGUGCAACAAAUGUGGAAAAGUUUUUCGCUAUAGCUCUAACCUUUCUAAGCACCAGAAAAGUCACACUGGAAAAGAGCCAUCUAAGUGCAGUGGACGUAGGAAUGCCUUUAGCCAGAGCUCUGGUCUCAUUCAGCACCAGAAAGGUCACACUAGAGAAAAGCCUUAGGAGUGUGAUCAAUGUGGGAAAGGAAGGCAGACAUCUGUGCUCUCUCUCAUUCCCUGGAGGGAACCAUGA